UUUUUCGUCAGUUCAGAGCUGACGAGAAGACGAAGAGGAGGAGAACUUAAGGAAGAACAGGACGACAAGUGAAGGAGCACCAGAGGAGGAGAAGUGAAACAGAAGCUGAGGAGAACAGGAGGAAGACUAAAGGAAGGAGGAAGAGGAGAAACAGAGGAAGAAGAACAGGAGGAGGAGGAGGACAUGAGGAGGAGGCUGAACCAGGAGCAGCAGGAGGACGUUUGAGGAUAAAAUCUCAUUGAAAAGCAGAAAAACAGAAACUGAAGGAAAAGAAGACGUUUUGUUUUUUAAACUUCACCAGAAGAAAAACAACAACCAGCAGACGUCAUCAUGAGUGAAGAGAAACAUCGAAUAAACAUCAACUCAGUCUGUCGUCAAAGUACUGAGACCGAAACAUACCAAGGACUGAGACAACACCUGGGACAGGUAACAACAAGGAAAUCAUCUUGUGUCCAGAUGUUGAAUCCGGGGCCUCCAUCAUGGACAAUGUGACAGCUGGCAGCCCACCAGGUGAGACGCACCUGAAGAACUACAACUAUCUGGCCCUGGUCCUCGGCGUGCCCCUGAUCCUGGUCAUCAUCCUGGGCAACGUCCUAGUGUGUCUGAGCGUGCUCACUGAGCACUCCUUAAAAACCGCGACCAACUACUUCAUCAUCAGCCUGGCGGCCGCUGACCUGCUGCUGGCACUGCUGGUGCUGCCGCUCUACGUCUACUCUGAGUUUCUGGGCGGCAUCUGGACGUUAAGCACCGCCCUCUGUGACGCUCUGAUGACCAUGGAUGUGAUGCUGUGCACCGCCUCCAUCCUCAACCUGUGUGCCAUCAGUGUGGACAGGUACAUCGCCGUAGUUGUUCCUCUGAAGUAUAACAGAAACCAGUUCAGCGUCCGUCAGCUGGCGCUCAUUGCAGCGACCUGGGUGCUGUCUCUCGGCGUGGCAAGCCCGGUGAUCUUCGGUCUGAACCAGGUGGAGGGUCGCAAUCCGAGCGUGUGCAAACUGGAGGACAAGCGGUUCGUGGUGUACUCGUCCGUCUGCUCCUUCUUCGUGCCAUGUCCCGUCAUGCUCCUGUUGUAUUAUGGGAUGUUUCGAGGCCUGCGGCGGUGGAGCAGUCGGAGCCGCUCUCAGGGUGGGCGGGGCAGUCGUCCUGCUCUGUCUGUACGCCUCCACCUGGCUCUACGGCGAGUGAAGGUGACCAGGAGCCAAGAGAAGGUCGUGUAUGUCACAUCAGUUGGGCUCAGUCCCACCUCUCCAUCCACCGUCUCCAUGACAAACCCAGUGUCGGAGGAGCAGCAGGACGGAGCGCCAGCGGCGCCGGAGAGCGACCCGAUGACAACGCAGAUGGACAGCGUGUCGGAUGGCGAACCCACAGAGAGGCGGGAGAAUGGCCUGACAAAGAAAAAGAGAGGAAGACGAAACAGUAAGAGCAGCAGAGUCAGCGGGAGAGAGCGGAAAGCCAUGAAGGUGCUUCCUGUCGUCGUUGGUGUUUUUCUGGCCUGUUGGACGCCGUUCUUCGUUGUCCACGUCACCAAGGUGUUAUGUCACUCCUGUGACAUCGGCCCCACCCUCAUCUCCGUGGUAACGUGGCUCGGCUAUGUCAACAGUGCCGUCAACCCGAUCAUCUACACAGCCUUCAACGCUGAGUUCAGGACUGUCUUUCACAAGCUGCUCUGCUGUAGGACGUAAAACUAACCUUGUCCCAGAGACGUCCCUCAACAGGAAGCUCAAGCUAAGUCUCAGAACGAUCUUCAGACUGUUCAGGAUUUUAUCACCUGGUGUGCCUCUGUGUCUGUGCCUCUGUGUCUGUCCUCUGUGUCUGUGCCUCUGUGUCUGUCCUCUGUGUCUGUCAUCUGUGUCUGUUCCUCUGUAUCUGUCCCUCUGUGUCUGUCCUCUGUGCCUGUUCCUCUGUGUCUGUGCCUCUGUGUCUGUCUCUCUGUGUCGGUCCUCUGUGUCUGUGCCUCUGUGUCUGUGCCUCUGUGUCUGUCCUCUGUGUCUGUGCCUCUGUGUCUGUCCUCUGUGUCUGUCCCUCUGUGUCUGUGCCUCUGUGUCUGUCCCUCUGUGUCUGUGCCUCUGUGUCUGUCCCUCUGUGUCUGUCCCUCUGUAUCUGUCCCUCUGUAUCUGUCCUCUGUGUCUGUCCUCUGUGUCUGUGCCUCUGUGUCUGUCCUCUGUGUCUGUCCCUCUGUGUCUGUGCCUCUGUGUCUGUCCCUCUGUGUCUGUCCCUCUGUAUCUGUCCCUCUGUAUCUGUCCUCUGUGUCUGUCCUCUGUGUCUGUGCCUCUGUAUCUGUCCUCUGUGUCUGUCCUCUGUGUCUGUGCCUCUGUGUCUGUCCUCUGUGUCUGUCCCUCUGUGUCUGUGCCUCUGUGUCUGUCCCUCUG